UUGUUCAGCCGGCAUGGCGCACUACAACUUCAAGAAGAUAACGGUGGUGCCGUCUGCCAAGGACUUUAUUGACCUAACAUUAUCGAAGACUCAACGAAAGACUCCAACAGUUAUCCAUAAACAUUACCAAAUUCAUCGCAUUAGACAUUUUUACAUGAGAAAAGUCAAAUUUACUCAACAGAAUUACCAUGACAGACUCUCACAAAUCCUCACAGAUUUCCCCAAAUUGGAUGACAUCCACCCAUUCUAUGCUGAUUUGAUGAAUAUUCUCUACGACAAGGACCAUUACAAGUUGGCUCUAGGACAAAUAAAUAUUGCCAAAAAUCUAGUGGACAAUGUUGCUAAAGAUUAUGUGCGGCUUAUGAAGUACGGCGACUCUCUGUACCGCUGCAAGCAGCUGAAGCGGGCCGCACUCGGACGCAUGUGCACUGUGAUCAAGAGGCAGAAGCAGAGCCUGGAGUACCUGGAGCAAGUGCGGCAGCAUUUAUCCCGUUUGCCAACGAUUGAUCCAAAUACAAGGACUCUGCUCCUGUGUGGGUACCCGAACGUCGGGAAGUCCAGCUUCAUCAAUAAGGUCACGAGAGCAGAUGUGGAUGUCCAGCCCUAUGCGUUCACGACCAAAUCUCUGUUUGUUGGGCACAUGGAUUACAAGUAUUUGCGCUGGCAGGUUGUCGACACUCCAGGGAUUUUGGAUCACCCCUUGGAAGAUCGGAACACCAUCGAGAUGCAGGCCAUCACAGCCCUGGCCCACCUGCGCGCCGCUGUCCUGUAUGUGAUGGAUCUGUCUGAGCAGUGUGGCCACGGGCUAAAGGAACAGCUGGAGCUCUUCCAGAACAUCCGGCCCCUCUUUGUCAACAAGCCUCUUAUCGUUGUGGCAAACAAAUGUGAUGUGAAGAGAAUAGCUGAACUUUCUGAAGACGAUCAGAAAAUAUUCAUGGACUUGCAGGCUGAAGGAUUCCCUGUGAUAGAGACCAGCACCCUGACCGAGGAGGGUGUCAUCAAGGUGAAAACAGAGGCUUGUGACAGGCUUUUGGCUCAUCGAGUGGAAACCAAGAUGAAGGGCAAUAAAGUGAAUGAGGUGCUGAACCGACUGCAUUUAGCCAUCCCAAACAAGCGAGAUGAUAAGGAGAGGCCUCCAUUCAUCCCAGAGGGUGUGGUGGCGCGCAGGAAGAGAAUGGAGGUGGAGGAGCCCAAGAAGAAGAGGGAACGAGAUCUCGAGCUGGAAAUGGGAGACGAUUAUAUUUUGGAUCUUCAGAAGUACUGGGAUUUAAUGAAUUCUUCUGAAAAAUGUGAUAAGAUACCAGAGAUCUGGGAAGGCCAUAAUAUAGCUGAUUUUAUCGAUCCAGCCAUAAUGAAGAAAUUGGAAGAGUUGGAAAAAGAAGAAGAGCUGAGAACAGCAGCAGGAGAGUAUGACAGUGAGUCUGAGAGUGAGGAUGAAGAGAUGGUGGAGAUUCGACAGCUGGCAAAACAAAUCAGAGAAAAAAAGAAGCUGAAAAUUCUGGAAUCCAAGGAAAAAGAUACACAGGGGCCCAGGAUGCCUCGAACUGCGAAGAAGGUUCAGCGAGCAGUUCUAGAGAAUGAGAUGCGUAGUCUUGGUGUUGACAUGGACGGGAAAGAUGACGCCCACUACGCAGUGCAGGCAAGAAGGUCUCGGAGCACCACCCGGAAGAGAAAGCGGGAAGACUCCAUUCCACCCUCUUCUGUGUCCCGGAGUAGGAGCUGCUCUAGAACUCCACGUGAUGUUUCUGGUCUUCGGGACGUCAAGAUGGUGAAGAAAGCCAAGACAAUGAUGAAGAAUGCUCAGAAGAAAAUGAACCGCCUGGGGAAGAAAGGUGAGGCAGACAGGCACGUGUUCGACAUGAAGCCCAAGCACUUGUUCUCCGGGAAGAGGAAAGCUGGUAAAAAGGACAGGAGAUAGCGGCUCCCCCGACAGGUGCACAGGCUCUCCUUAGUGUCUUGCUUUGGUCUGGUGUCAUAAAUGGGAGUUGUAAUUCGCAAGCGGAGAAAAACAACGAACACAACUGAAGCACUUGUUGCUUGUUAAAAACUGGAUUAAGCCUGUCAAUGCAGGAAUUUUUGUCACUGCAUAAUAUUUCAGCUAUUUUAGCAGGCAGUGGUCCUGCAUUUAAUGGAGUAUCGAUUGCUUCACAUUUGCAAAACUGGAGUGAUUAUUGGGAUGACUAUGUUGUUUGUUGUUCCCUCUCCAAAGAGGAAACUCGUGCUUCAUUGCACAUGAAUAGUCCUUUCUGUGAAGAACCCGUCUCCCCUGGGUGUGGGCAGAGGUGCCUGUCCUCACUGCAGGGGUGGGAGGGACUGGUUUGUGAGGGUGUCAACUCUGUGCUUAAAAUACUCUAUUAAAUUAUUCUUCACUCUU